UUACUGACGCAAAAACCAACAGUGUAUAAAUAGCGAUAAAAUAUGCUGAAUUGUAAAAUCUUAACCUUUUCUUUUAAUAAUAGUUUUCGAAAAUGAUGAAGAAAAUUUCAAUUAUUCUUCUACUUAGUUUUGUAUUUAUAGACAUUGAAUUAACUACUGGUAUACCGCUAAUAGCACAAACAUGUGAAGGGAACGAUCUAAAAAUUGAUUGCAAAGGUAAAGGAACAAUUGAAUUGAUUUACGCAAACUACGGAAGAACCUCAUCUGGUAUUUGCCCUGGUUCAAUGGAUUCGAAUACCAAAUGUGACAACCAUCAAAAUUCUUUACAAGUUGUUCGUAAUAUCUGUUCAUCAAAAUCUUCUUGUGUUAUCAAAGCUGCUAAUGCAGUGUUUGGCGAUCCAUGCGUAGGAACUUACAAAUAUCUCGAAGUUCAAUAUUAUUGCAAACCUUUAACAGUGGUCCGAUCAUGUGAAGGAAGCGAUCUUAAAAUUGAUUGUAAGGAUGGAGGAACAAUUGAAGUGGUUUACGCAAACUACGGCCGAACGUUAUCAAGUAUUUGCCCUGGUUCCAAGGAUUCGAAUACCAAAUGUGACAACCAUCAAAAUUCUUUACAAGUUGUUCGUAAUAGUUGUUCAUCAAAAACUUCUUGUGUUAUUAAAGCUGUUAAUGCAGUGUUUGGCGAUCCAUGCGUAGGAACUUACAAAUAUCUCGAAGUUCAAUAUUAUUGCAAACCUUUAACAGUGGUCCGAUCAUGUGAAGGAAGCGAUCUUAAAAUUGAUUGUAAGGAUGAAGGAACAAUUGAAGUGGUUUACGCAAACUACGGAAGAACCUUAUCAAGUAUUUGCCCUGGUUCCAAGGAUUCGAAUACCAAAUGUGACAACCAUCAAAAAUCUUUACAAGUUGUUCGUAAUAGUUGUUCAUCAAAAACUUCUUGUGUUAUUAAAGCUGUUAAUGCAGUGUUUGGCGAUCCAUGCGUAGGAACUUACAAAUAUCUCGAAGUUCAAUAUUAUUGCAAACCUUUAACAGUGGUCCGAUCAUGUGAAGGAAGCGAUCUUAAAAUUGAUUGUAAGGAUGAAGGAACAAUUGAAGUGGUUUACGCAAACUACGGAAGAACCUUAUCAAGUAUUUGCCCUGGUUCCAAGGAUUCGAAUACCAAAUGUGACAACCAUCAAAAAUCUUUACAAGUUGUUCGUAAUAGUUGUUCAUCAAAAACUUCUUGUGUUAUUAAAGCUGUUAAUGCAGUGUUUGGCGAUCCAUGCGUAGGAACUUACAAAUAUCUCGAAGUUCAAUAUUAUUGCAAACCUUUAACAGUGGUCCGAUCAUGUGAAGGAAGCGAUCUUAAAAUUGAUUGUAAGGAUGGAGGAACAAUUGAAGUGAUUUACGCAAAUUACGGCCGAACCUUAUCAAGUAUUUGCCCUGGUUCCAAGGAUUCGAAUACCAAAUGUGACAACCAUCAAAAUUCUUUACAAGUUGUUCGUAAUAUCUGUUCAUCAAAAUCUUAUUGUGUUAUCAAAGCUGCUAAUGCAGUGUUUGGCGAUCCAUGCGUAGGAACUUACAAAUAUCUCGAAGUUCAAUAUUAUUGCAAACCUUUAACAGUGGUCCGAUCAUGUGAAGGAAGCGAUCUUAAAAUUGAUUGUAAGGAUGGAGGAACAAUUGAAGUGGUUUACGCAAACUACGGCCGAACGUUAUCAAGUAUUUGCCCUGGUUCCAAGGAUUCGAAUACCAAAUGUGACAACCAUCAAAAUUCUUUACAAGUUGUUCGUAAUAGUUGUUCAUCAAAAACUUCUUGUGUUAUUAAAGCUGUUAAUGCAGUGUUUGGCGAUCCAUGCGUAGGAACUUACAAAUAUCUCGAAGUUCAAUAUUAUUGCAAACCUUUAACAGUGGUCCGAUCAUGUGAAGGAAGCGAUCUUAAAAUUGAUUGUAAGGAUGGAGGAACAAUUGAAGUGAUUUACGCAAAUUACGGCCGAACCUUAUCAAGUAUUUGCCCUGGUUCCAAGGAUUCGAAUACCAAAUGUGACAACCAUCAAAAAUCUUUACAAGUUGUUCGUAAUAGCUGUUCAUCAAAAUCUUAUUGUGUUAUCAAAGCUGCUAAUGCAGUGUUUGGCGAUCCAUGCGUAGGAACUUACAAAUAUCUCGAAGUUCAAUAUUAUUGUAAACCUUUUUUAAAUGUUGCACGAUCAUGUGAAGGAAAUGAUCUUAAAAUUGAUUGUAAGGAUGAAGGAACAAUUGAAGUGGUUUACGCAAACUACGGCAGAACUUCGUCUGGCAUUUGUCCUGGCUCCAUGGAUUCAAAUACAAAAUGUGACAACCAUAAAAAAUCUUUACAAGUUGUUCGUAACAGCUGUUCAUCAAGAACCUCUUGUGUUAUCAAAGCUGUUAAUGCAGUGUUUGGUGAUCCAUGCGUUGGAACCUACAAAUAUCUCGAAGUCCAAUAUUAUUGCAAACCACGAUUACAUGUUGUACAAGCUUGUGAAGGGACAGAUCUUAAAAUAGACUGCAAAGGAAAUGGGAAGAUAGAAGUGGUUUAUGCCAAUUAUGGCAGAACCUCAUCUGGCAUUUGUCCUGGUUCUAACGAUUCAAACAUCAAAUGUAAUAAUCAAAUAAAUACUUUGCAGAUUGUUCGCAAUAGUUGCUCAGCAAAAUUUUCAUGUGUUAUUAGUGCUGCCAAUUCAGUAUUUGGUGACCCAUGCGUAGGAACAUAUAAAUAUCUUGAAGUUAAAUUUUAUUGUAAACUAUAAAAAAAUAAAUUUCUGUAUUUUU